CCAACAUCACGGCCGGCUUAAUUCUUCCUUAAUCUUUGAGGGACGCUACGCUAUCUGACACAUGCAGACUGUCUCACAAACCCUGAGAGCAUCGUGUCGCCGUGCACCCUUGCCCGCUCUUGCCCGUCGUACUCAUUCACAACCGGUACAACCCCAGGACCCUAGCUCGAGUCGAACAACCCAUUUCGGCUUCCGUACCAUCGCAGAAGAACAAAAGGAGUCCCUUGUACGUGGGGUAUUUGAUUCCGUCGCGUCCAGCUAUGAUGUUAUGAACGAUGCCAUGUCGCUCGGCGUACAUCGAUUAUGGAAAGACGACUUCGUGUCACUUCUACGCCCCGGCUCAAAAGGUCCCAUACGCUGUAUCGACGUCGCCGGUGGAACAGGAGAUAUAGCGUUGCGCAUGCUGGACUGGGCGCGAGAGAAGUACGCGGAUCGGGAGACGACCGUGGAGGUCGUGGACAUCAAUGGCGAAAUGUUGAAAGAAGGGCACACGAGGUUCAAGAAGACGAUGUACCACAACACACCGCAGGUCUCGUUCCAUGAAGCCAAUGCGCAGGCGCUACCAGAGGACAAGUUCCUUUCGAAUUCGUAUGAUCUGUACACCAUUGCAUUUGGGAUUCGGAACGUCACAUCAAUAUCUGAGGUGCUCAAAGAAGCACAUCGUGUACUGAAGCCCGGAGGCACGUUCGCAUGCUUGGAGUUCAACAAGGUCACAAACCCGUUGCUCGCACAGGUGUAUGAGCAAUACUCCUUUUCGGUGAUUCCAUUGCUCGGGACCAUCCUCGCUGGCGACCGCGAGUCGUACCAGUAUCUUGUUGAGUCAAUACGCCGAUUCCCUAGCCAGCCAGACUUCGCAAAGAUGAUCGCGGACGCAGGAUUUGCUACCGGGGGUAAUUUUGAGGGCGAUGGCGGUGCAUGGCGAAAUUUAUGGGGAGGCAUUGCUUGCAUCCAUACGGGUAUCAAAAUUUGAUGCGCAGAACAUGUCUUCUGAUCGGUGAAUCUGUGGAUGUUGUUGUUUUUUUGCUAUGAAUUUUGAAUCAUAAACGUGAUGAGUACAAGGCUCGCCACAAGCUGACGAUGCCACUGGCGCGCGGCAAUUGUUUGCGCUCGCUUGCUCUCAUCCUCCGAGCCACGCCUCCAACCUC